AUGUUUCCAAAAAGUGAACAAGACAAUGAUGAUGAUGUCGAGGGUGAAACAUUAUAUUAUAAAGAAGCUGGAAUGUUAUUAGAUCAUAUUGAAAUUUUUAUGAAUUUGAUAGUAAAAGGAAAUUACAAAGAAGCAUCUUAUGUAGCCGCGUGUAGUCCGAAAGGAGUUUUAAGAAAUAUGGAAACAUUACUGAAGUUUAAAGCACUUAAACAGUCAUUCAAUGAGGAUAUCAGUCCAUGGCUUUGCCAUUGUAAAGUAUUAGCUGAAACAGCUCGGGAAGCACCAUUUAUACCAAAUAUGAUCAUAUCAUUAGAAUGUGCUAAAGCAGCACGUAGUAAAAACCAUAUUAAAUUUCUUUAUAAAUGGAUCGCGGGAGAAAGAUUGACGUGUUUCGAUGAAAUGGCACAGCUUGCUGAACGAUUAAAUACUGUUGAUUUAGCUGAAUUUAUCUAUCGUAAAGCUAAUGGUCAUUAUGAAGUCGCUUCGUAUCUUUUACAAGCAGAUAAAUUGAUCGGUUCGAUCUCUCAUAAGAUAUGA